AACACGUGUUAGAGUGUGUGUUCUCCUGUAUACAGACUCUGUGGCAUUACUUCCCUGCAUCCACGAGGGCUCGAUUAGGCGACGCUGUAUCUGGACACACACACUACCUAACCAUGGUAAGCUGGAUUUAUGAAAGGGGAAGCAGAAGAAGCAGAAAUAUGCAGCAAUGAAAAGAAUGAUAAGCUUAAAGGAUCAAAGAUUAAAGGAGAAGGAUAGAGAAAAAACCCAGAAAAAGAAGAAAGCAGAUCCCUCAGCCAUCCAAAUACAAGAAGUGCCAAAAUAUCCAUCAUGUAUGUUCUUCCAGUACAACACUCAACUUGGUCCUCCCUACCAUAUCCUUGUGGACACAAACUUCAUCAACUUCUCCAUAAAGGCCAAACUGGAUGUAGUGCAGUCGAUGAUGGACUGUCUUUAUGCUAAAUGUAUUCCCUGCAUCACAGACUGUGUCAUGGCUGAGCUUGAAAAAUUAGGGAUGAAAUACAGAGUGGCCUUGAGAAUAGCCAAGGAUCCUCGCUUUGAUCGCUUGCCAUGCUCACACAAGGGAACAUAUGCUGAUGACUGUUUAGUCCAAAGGGUAACCCAGCACAAGUGUUACAUUGUGGCCACAGUGGACAGAGACCUGAAGAGGAGGAUUCGGAAAAUUCCAGGAGUCCCAAUCAUGUACAUCUCGAAUCACAGGUAUAACAUUGAACGAAUGCCAGAUGAUUAUGGUGCACCAAGGCUGUAAUAUAUUAAAGAUGUCAUCCUCUUGAUUCUUAAAAUAAAUCGGAGAAUUGUAUAUCAGACCACAAACCUGUCAACAUUUUUUGCACAUUUUCCUGCAGGUUUAUUUUUUUCUUAUUUUGUUUAAUUAUUUUAAACAAAAUGUAUUUGUUUAAAGGAAAAUAAAUGUAACGACUGAUCUGUUA